AUGAUGAGCUGCCCUGGCCUCCUUGGGGCCUGGAAGCCCAGCUGGGACCCUGCUGACUCAGGGCCACCCUCUGCACCUCAUCCUGGUUGCCCUGCCGGCUACACAUUGGAAGCUAACAGCUCCAACCCCCGCAAAUGCCUGCCGGACCUCCUGGGGGUCCACAGCAUACCCUCCCCUCCACCUGGUCCCUGCCGCAGUCCGGAAUCCGCAAGCCGGGAAAGCGCUCGUGGUCCCGCCGCCUCCACCAUCUCCAUUCAGCCCUCCAGCCCUCCGUCCCCCGGCGGUGCGGCCAUGGCCGAGCUCAGGUCUCUAUCGGGGGACGCGUACCUGGCGCUGAGCCGUGGCUACGCGGCGGCGGCUGGCCUCGCCCUCGGGGCAGCCCUGGGGCCCGAGGCGGGCCGUGGCUACGGCGCACCGGACCUGGGCGGCGACCUCCCCGCGGCGCCCGCGCCCUGCACCCGGGUUGCGGAGGCCGAGAGUAGCGACGAGCAGAGUGGCGACGAGGACGACGCCUUCGAGCGGCGGCGGCGGCGCGGGCCGGGGGGCGCGGCGGGCGGGCGGAGGCGGCCCCGGGAGCAGCGUUCGCUGCGGCUCAGCAUCAACGCGCGGGAGCGGCGGCGCAUGCACGACCUGAACGACGCGCUGGACGGGCUGCGCGCCGUCCUCCCCUACGCGCACGGCCCGUCGGUGCGCAAGCUCUCCAAGAUCGCCACGCUGCUGCUCGCCAGGAACCACAUCCUCAUGCAGGCGCAGGCCCUGGACGCGAUGCGGCGCCUCGUGGCCUGCCUCCACCAGGGCCAGGGCCUCGCCGCGCCCCUGCCGCCCUUCAGCCAGGCCGCGGUGUACCCCUUCUCUGCGGGCGGCGCGCUGCCCUGCCCGGACCAGCGCGCUGCCUGCCCUGGGCAGCCCUCGGCACUCUGUGAGCACUGUAAUGAGAAGCUGUAA